UCAGCCAGGCCGGCCAUGGCGCAGCUCCGGGCGGGAGGCGGGGCGGACAGGCCGCAGCCCACAGGGACAGCCCCGGGACGCGCUCCAUCGCGGCACCGAGGCGAGGGCGAGCGGAGCGGCAGGGGGAGCCCGCGGGGCCGGGGCUGGCGGCGAAGGUUUUAAUUACGAGUGGAAGGCAGGUCUGUGAAAUACAAGAUGGCUACUCAACAGCUUUUACAGACUAGGCAAAAGAAAAAGCCCUCUAAGGAAGCGGUGCUGCUCCCCACCACAAUCGCCACGGAGCAGCAGUCGGCGGUGCUGGUGAAGAGGCUGCUGGCUGUCUCCGUGUCCUGCAUCACCUACAUGAGGGGCCUGUUCCCAGAGAGCUCCUAUGGAACUCGCUAUUUAGAUGACCUCUGUCUAAAAAUUCUCCGAGAAGAUAAAAGCUGUCUGGGAUCACUACAGAUAGUCAAGUGGAUUCAAGGUUGUUUUGAUGCUUUGGAGAGGCAGUAUUUACACAUCGCUGUCCUCGCAAUUUACACCAAUCCCAAGGAACCGGAGACAGUGACUGAACUGUACCAGUUCAAAUUCAAGUACAAAAAGGACAUGCCCCAGAUGGACAUAAUCAGCAACCAAAUGAACUUUGUGAAUGGGGUGUGCAGCGAGGACAUCAAACAGGCCAGCCGGCUCCUGAUCCGUAAACUCUACCUGUUAAUGCAAAACCUUGGCCCGCUUCCCAACGACAUCACCCUGACCAUGAAACUCCUCUACUACAAUGAUGUGACUCCCCAAGAUUACCAGCCCCCAGGCUUUAAGGAAGAUGAGAGUCCCGGUGACCUGCUGUUUGACGGCGAUCCUGUCAACCUGAGAGUAGGGUCAGUCUCCACUGGGUUCCACCUCAUGAAAGUCAGAGUGACCACGGAAAAGAAGAGAAUAGAGACAAUUGACAGCAACCUGAUCCAGAAGAAUGGCCCGACGGAGAUCUCCCAUCAAGGGUUAGACUGUGAUGAAGAGGAAGAGGAGGGGAGCACAAAGAAUCACCCGCUCCCUGUCCGAGCAGAUUCAAGUGAGUGCAAAGAGGACAAAAGCAACACCUGUUCAGCCUGGAAAACAGAAGCAUCUUUUUGCACUCAAGAUACAGAUGGAAAGAAGAAGGUGGAAAUAAAGGAGACGGGCAGGAUGCCUCAUUCAGGGGCAUCUCAGCAGAUAAGCUGCCUGAACCUUGUGUUUAGCCAGGAAGAGGUAACAGGACCCGCGAAGAAAAGGAAGGUCAGCGAACCAGAGAAGCUGCUUCUGGAAGGCAGGAAAUGAUGUUCAUUCUGACACACAGAACAUGUUGGAAGGUGUGAGUUUGCAUUAUCAUCUGACUACUAAAGACCUUUACUCCCUUCCAAUAUUUAACUCUUCCACACACCGCCUGUAUUGCUGCGUGUCUGUAUGUCUAGUGAAAGCUCUGGGUUGCAAAGAGACAGCAAGCCCCAGAGUUGUCGUAACGGUGUCAACUGCCAGCACUUGUUUGAUGUUCUAAAGUUGAGGAUUUAUGAUUCCAUGUGAAUGGUGUCUGUGUGCUUCUUUCUCUCUGUCUCCCUCACACGCCCCCCUCCCACUGGCUAAACUUCCCCCUCUGUGGCUGGAGCAUCCUUUGCCACUAUGUGAUCAAUAUUUAACGCCACUAUUUCAAAAGGAACUCUGAGUUAUCAAUGCCAGCAAGCAACAAGUCUCAUGAUUCACUAGAUUGUGCUUAACUUCAUCCUAUCUGCUGUUUCCGGAGCAUAGAUUUUUUUUUUCAAGAAGGGUUUUUAUCUAUAUUGAAAACAGAGAUAAAGAAAUCUAUACACAA